AUGUCACUCCCGGAGCUACCUCUAUGGUGUCGUGUCAUCCUGUUGAUCCUCGCCAUCUGUUCAUUUCUGCCCCAAAUAUUGCGUUUCCAGACGAAACAGACCACGAAUGGAGUAUCCUCGCUCUACGUCUUGUGGAAUUUGAUCCACGCCACUGAACAGCUCACUAUCUAUAUCUACUUCAUGUUUACGGAAGGCGAACCCGAUGGCACCAUAUUUCUGCAUUCUCCCCCAAGCACAGGGGACAGGUUUAGCCUUUGGCACUGUGCCGUGGUUGCAAUGCUUUUCCUGACACUAUUCGCACAAGUUCUUCUCUAUAGCGACAGGAGCAGCCGUAUUGCCUUAGUCGCCGGAUACACCAGCUUCCUCCUCGUCUCAAUCAUUCCUCUCAUUAGCGAUGCUAUCUCACAGAUUGACUAUGAAGCUCGGAGAUUCUGGUCAGCAGUGUUUUUUGCCCUGCACUGUAUGCUGAUUUACCCGAUUCUUACGGCGAUAGGCGUUUGGGGAAUCUACCGUCAGGCUCGUGAGAUUUCGGCUGUACCUUUUCCAAAUGCGCUGAGCUUGCAGAGUCUGGCUAUGCAAGCUGUUGUGUUCACGCUAGUCUCGGUGACGUGGAUAUAUUGCCUUCCAUUUCCGUAUGAGAAAAUUGACCGCCAACGGGAUCUCAAUUGGACCGCCUUUUCUGUUUGGUACGGGGCUAUCGGUUGGAUCAUUAUUGAUAGCUUUAUCUUCGCUCUCGGCCAGGCGGUGCUACUAUUAUUAGCUUUGCAUCGCUCGUCUUCAAGCAAAGUCACUACACAACGGGGAAGCGAGACGGAGCCGCUCUUAGGGCAUGAGGCACAGGAAUAG